AUGACGGAUGUGGACACGGUUAAUCUAGAAAACCUUGCUGAUCUUGAAGAGACAUACGUUAGAUGCCUGGGUUCGGAAGAAACGCCGGCAUGUGGAUUCAUCCGCAGUAUGAUCAGUCGUGAAUAUGAGCGUGAUAUCAAAGAUGAAAAUCUAUUCGCCAUUUACUUGAAGUUGUGUGGGAAUAAUCGGCAUAUGGACGCCAUAAGACUUACAGAUGACGACUUGCAACCGAUUUGUUCAGCAUUGCUGACGAAACCCUGCGUUUCCAGUCUAGAUUUGCGUUACAAUCGAUUAACCGAUAUCGGUGCAAAAGUUCUGGCAACAUUUCUUCUAGAGUAUAACCUUCUUGAAGAGUUGAACUUGAUGGGUAAUGAUAUAGGUGCAUUGGGCGCAACUUAUAUUGCCGAUGCUCUAAAGAACAUAACUAGUUGUGUGGCUUUUGCCACCAUGCUUCGGGGCAAUCGGGCGUUAAAAGGGAUCAAUCUAAACAGACAACUUCUAUGGACAUUGCAGGAAGAGCCGACAGUUCAUAUCGCGAAAAUGCUAUGUGUAAACAGCACUCUGAAAGAGUUACAUCUAUCUAAGGUAGAUAUGCGAGAUUUUGGUGCUGAGCGAUUGGCUGAAGCCAUGGAACUCAGCACUCAGUAUUAUUUUAUAUUUUAUUAUUCUUCAAGAAAUCGAAUCGCUCGAGAUGGAGCUCUGGCGUUGUCGCGUGUUGUUGCAGCCAACUGUUCUCUGGUAAUUCUGGAUUUGGCUUUCAAUCGGAUCCAAUGUGCCGGCGCACGGGCAAUGGCCUCAGCACUGUUGAGUAACACGCAUCUGAAAGUGCUUUGUGUACAGUUCUGCGAGCUGAAAGGACCUGGAUUGUGUGCCUUGGCAGAAGCUUUGAUCACGAACUCCACCCUUCAGUGUAUCUACAUCUGGGGUAAUGAGCACGAUGAGUCCACAUGCAUUGCAUACUCAAAUCUUCUUCAAACUGGCCGCCUAACAGAGGACAGCACUGAUGUACGACCCUAUGUGGUGGACAACCGCACCUAUUUGGCACUGUUAGAUCACGACUGUACUUAUCGUAUGUAUCGCUUCUCAGUACCCUGGUGGAAAGGAUUUGCACCAUCCGAUCGUUCUGUGGCAUUGUUUUAA